AUGGACGUCAAGGUUUUUAUUGUAAAAGCGACCCUUUUUAUAUUGAUUUCUACAAGCCUAGUUUUGUCUGAAUCUGUUCACAGCCCUACUGAUCUCCUAGCAAGAUUCAAAAGUUUUAUAACAGACUAUAAUAGAAACUAUACUACUAAGGAAGAACAUGAAUUUCGCUUUCAGACUUUCAAGAAAAACUUUCGUCGUAUCGCCUCAACGAAUGCCAAUGGUGCCACUUACGGCGUCAACAAAUUCGCAGAUUGGACUGAUGAAGAAUUUAAAGAGCUACUAGGCAACCGACAAGUUCCUACGCAAGAGAUUGUCAAUUCUGAACUACACCACUCUCUGUCUACUGCUAAAUUUCCCUCCAGCCUUGAUUGGAGAGAACACAAGCGUAACAUUGUUGGCCCAGUAAGGAAUCAGGGUCGCUGCGGAUGCUGCUGGGCUUUCAGCACAGUCGAAACAAUUGCAAGCGCCUGGGCAUUAGCUGGAAAUUCAUUCACAGAACUUAGUGUUCAACAGCUACUUUCAUGUGAUAAUAUGGAUGGUGGUUGUCGGGGAGGAUCGUUUUACCUAGCCUGCAACUGGCUAACUAAGAAUAGAGUACCCCUUGAAACAGAAUCAGCUAAUCCGUAUUUAGGCAAAAGAGACAAAUGCGUGAAGCAUGCAACCAACACAGGCAUCAUUUUAAAGAAGUUUACUACUAGCAAUUUCAUCUACCAAGAAUCAAGUAGCAUGAUUGCCGCUCUAAAUCAAAAUGGUCCUUUAUCCAUAGCCGUAGAUGCUACUAGCUGGAGGGAUUACGUCGGUGGAAUCAUACAGCAUCAUUGCGAUGGGAAAGUACUGAAUCAUGCUGUGCAAGUUGUCGGUUAUAAACUUGAUGCACCUGUUCCAUACUGGAUAGUUAGAAACUCCUGGGGUGAAGAUUUUGGCGAUCAUGGGUAUAUUUAUAUAAAAAUGGGAAAAAAUGUAUGCGGCAUUGCAGAGAGUGUAGGCUGGGUCAAUUUUUAG